CAUGGUCUGGGAGGAAAAAGGGGUCCUUUUUGGUGUAAAUCUGGACUCUAAUUCUGUAAUAUAUCACGGUACCUCGUAAAACCGACACUAAAACGUCCCGGCCUACAAAUCAUCCGGCCAAAUUAUGAGUUCAUUGUAUUAUGCGAAUGCUUUAUUCUCCAAAUAUCAAACUGCAAGUUCUGUUUUCCCAUCCGGAGUGUUCCCAGAGCAAACUUCGUGCGCCUUCGCAUCCAAUAGCCAGCGCACGGGCUAUGGCUCGGGGAGUGGGGCGACCUUCCCUGGAUCCAUGGCCGGGAUAUACAGCACUGGGAGCAGCCUGCACCCCCAGACCCCGGCCAUGUACCCCCCUUCCAGCUACGGGCUGGAAGCCGCUUCCUUUAACAUGCACUGUUCUCCGUUUGAGCAGAACCUCUCUCUAAUGUGCUCCAGUGAUUCCUCCAAGCAGAACUGCACCAAGACCGAACAGAGAGACUCAGAGCUGCAGAAUGAGAGCAACCUCCGAAUUUACCCCUGGAUGAGAAGCACAGGCACUGACAGAAAGAGGGGUCGCCAGACGUACACCCGGUACCAGACCCUGGAGCUGGAAAAGGAGUUCCACUAUAAUCGCUACUUGACGCGACGAAGGCGCAUAGAAAUCGCUCAUGCCCUAUGCCUGACAGAGAGACAGAUCAAAAUCUGGUUCCAGAACCGGAGGAUGAAGUGGAAAAAAGAGAACAAGGCAUCCAGCCCCUCCUCAAACAGCCAGGAAAAGCCGGAGACUGAGGAAGAGGAAGAGGAGUGACCAGAGACCUCAAAAAGACUGGUGACCCCCCUACACAAGGUCCACUGAAUCUACUGGAUUCUACCAUACUACCUAGAUCCCUUUUCUAUUAUAGGGUUAGCUACCUACCCCGAUGUGGUGACAGAUUAGAUCCAUUACGAUGUGACUUCAUGUAGCACAAUUAUUUGCAGAUCAAACUUUUCAGAGACUCCAACUUCUGGAGAGACCCUGAUAAAAUAUCGUGACUGUGUUUAAAUAGAUCGUCUGAUUUAAAUGUGAAGGGAAAUCCCAAGUGUUUGUGUAGGACUGUGUUUUGUUCAGAUACAAUAUUACUGUGGAUUGUAGUCACAGAUCUGCUGACCUAGUAAAAUGAUUUUAAAAAAAUAUUUGUCUUAAGUUUCCACCCU